UCCAAUUUUUAUUUUUAAUUUGACGCCAAAUGCAUGACCCGGAUGUGACCUUAACUCGUGGGACAACGACACCGACACGAUCAAGAGCAGCUUAUGUUGUAGCAAGCAUGUAGCAAAUUAGCAACAGAAAUGGAAAAUUUUAUGCUUUUUUGUGGAAGUAAGAGAGUUACUCUGAAGCCUGAAGACAUGACCACAGAGAAGAUAUUGGUUAUUUUCCAGGACCAAAAGGAAACCGUUUAUUUGAGAGACGACACCAACGUGGCCAUAUUUCCCCGACCUGAUGGUGACUUCAACUGCUUUGACCUCAUCGCCAGAGGUCAUUAUGAAGUGCAUGGCGACAGCACCACUGUGGAAAAAUCUGCAGGGGCACAUCCCUCAGGCCAGGCUGACCGAUUUUCUUUCCACCGCCCACCAAGCACUGCCACAGCCUCCUCCUGUCCAAUGCCAAGGAGCACCACUAAAACCUUUGUGAGGAAUGUCUUAAUGGCUGAAGUCCUGAAUGGAAAGCUAGACAGCACCAAGAUGGUUACAGUCCGCUUCUCAGAGUUUGAGGCUUGUGUGGCAACAAUCACCAGUAAGGUGAAAGAAGCCCUUGGACAACAGGAGUCAUUUAUUUUGACAGAUAGUCAGGGCAACAAAAUAAUUGACUCUGAUGGUACUAGAGGGUCAGCAUACUGGAAGCAAAAUUCCAGGAAAAUAUUUGCAGUGGCUGAACCACAGAUGGAACUGCUACAAGUCAAUAACAGGAAGCAGUUGAGUCGAAGAGAAGAUACUGGCCUUCAAGAGGUUUUGGCAGACAUUGAAGAGGUUGUCAAAGCAGCCCAGGGACUAAAGGAAGUGACGAAGAUGAUUAAGGAUUUGAGUGGAUUUGCACAUUUCACAGUGACAACAACCCUGUCUCUUUCAGAGGCUGAAGUAGCUUCUUUAAGAGCGGUUUUUGCUUGUCUUGUCUGCAAAGGUCCUCUAGACAAGCCAAUGUUCUCAACAUGCUGCAGAACCCUAAUCGGGUGUAAGGCAUGUGUUGUGGAGUGGAACAGCAGCCACAGCUACUGCCCCAAGUGUCGCGCUGUGGAUUUGGAGAACAGCGUUCAUGAAGUGGCUGGACUUUCUGAGGCACUGGCACCACUGGAGAAGUUAUUCUAGUUUUUUUCCAUUUAGUGUGUUGCUAUGGUGGCAACAAAUGUGCAUACAGU